GGCGGUGGCGGCGGCGGGUCCGUGAGAGUAGCGUGGGGGCGGGGAGGAGAGGCGGCGGCGGCGUAGGAGCUACGCCACACGCGGCCGGGGCGCUGGGAGCUCGAAAGCAGAGCGGGGUCGUGGCGGCGGUGGUGAGACGAGGGAGGCGGAGGAGGGGGUGCCAUGGCGGGGCAGCAGUUCCAGUACGAUGACAGCGGGAACACCUUCUUCUACUUCCUCACCUCCUUCGUGGGGCUCAUCGUGAUCCCGGCCACAUACUACCUCUGGCCCCGAGAUCAGAAUGCCGAGCAAAAUCGAUUAAAGAAUAUCAGAAAAGUAUAUGGAAGAUGUAUGUGGUAUCGUUUACGGUUAUUAAAACCUCAGCCAAAUAUUAUUCCUACAGUAAAGAAAAUAGUUCUGCUUGCAGGAUGGGCAUUGUUAUUAUUCCUUACAUACAAAGUUUCCAAAACAGACCGAGAAUAUCAAGAAUACAAUCCUUAUGAAGUAUUAAAUUUGGAUCCCGGGGCGACAGUAGCAGAAAUUAAGAAACAGUAUCGUUUGCUGUCACUUAAGUAUCAUCCAGAUAAAGGAGGUGAUGAAGUUAUGUUCAUGAGGAUAGCAAAAGCUUAUGCAGCUUUAACUGAUGAAGAGUCCCGGAAAAAUUGGGAAGAGUUUGGAAAUCCAGAUGGGCCUCAAGCCACAAGCUUUGGAAUUGCCCUGCCAGCUUGGAUAGUUGACCAGAAAAAUUCAAUUUUGGUUUUACUUGUAUAUGGAUUGGCAUUCAUGGUUAUCCUUCCAGUUGUUGUGGGCUCUUGGUGGUAUCGCUCAAUACGCUAUAGUGGAGACCAGAUUCUAAUACGCACAACACAGAUUUAUACAUACUUUGUUUAUAAAACCCGAAAUAUGGAUAUGAAACGUCUUAUCAUGGUCUUGGCUGGAGCCUCUGAAUUUGAUCCUCAGUAUAACAAGGAUGCCACAAGCAGACCAACAGAUAAUAUUCUAAUACCUCAGCUAAUCAGAGAAAUUGGCAGCAUUAAUUUAAAGAAGAAUGAGCCGCCACUUACCUGCCCAUAUAGCCUGAAGGCCAGAGUUCUUUUACUGUCUCAUCUUGCUAGAAUGAAAAUUCCUGAGACCCUUGAAGAAGAUCAGCAAUUUAUGCUGAAAAAAUGCCCUGCCCUACUUCAAGAAAUGGUUAAUGUAAUCUGCCAACUAAUAAUAAUGGCCCGGAGCCGUGAAGAAAGGGAGUUUCGUGCUCCAACUUUGGCAUCCCUGGAAAACUGCAUGAAGCUUUCCCAGAUGGCUGUGCAAGGCCUUCAGCAGUUUAAGUCUCCCCUUCUGCAGCUUCCUCACAUUGAAGAAGACAAUCUUAGAAGGGUUUCUAAUCAUAAAAAGUACAAAAUUAAGACUAUCCAGGAUUUGGUGAGUUUAAAAGAAUCAGAUCGUCACAAUCUAUUGCACUUCCUUGAAGAUGAAAAGUAUGAAGAGGUUAUGGCUGUCCUUGGGAGUUUCCCAUAUGUGACCAUGGACAUAAAAUCACAGGUAUUGGAUGAUGAAGAUAGCAACAACAUCACAGUAGGAUCCUUAGUUACAGUGUUGGUUAAAUUGACAAGGCAAACAAUGGCAGAAGUAUUUGAAAAGGAGCAGUCCAUCUGUGCUGCAGAGGAACAGCCAGCAGAAGAUGGGCAGGGUGAUACUAACAAGAACAGAACAAAAGGAGGAUGGCAACAGAAGAGUAAAGGACCCAAGAAAACUGCUAAAUCAAAAAAAAAGAAACCUUUAAAAAAAAAACCUACACCUGUGCCCUUAUCACAACCAAAGCAACAGAAACAAAAGCAGGCUAAUGGAGUCGUUGGGAGUGAAGCUGCAGUAAAGGAAGAUGAAGAAGAAGUUUCUGACAAAGGCAGUGACUCUGAGGAAGAAGAAACCAAUAGAGACUCUCAAAGUGAAAAAGAUGAUGGUAGUGACAGAGACUCUGAUAGAGAGCAAGAUGAAAAACAAAACAAGGAUGAUGAAGCAGAGUGGCAAGAAUUACAACAAAGUAUACAGCGAAAGGAGCGAGCUCUGCUGGAAACCAAAUCGAAGAUAACACAUCCUGUUUAUAGUCUUUACUUUCCUGAGGAAAAACAAGAAUGGUGGUGGCUUUAUAUCGCAGAUAGGAAGGAACAGACAUUAAUAUCUAUGCCAUAUCAUGUGUGCACACUAAAAGAUAUGGAAGAGGUAGAACUGAAGUUUCCUGCACCAGGAAAGCCUGGAAAUUAUCAAUAUACAGUGUUUCUAAGAUCAGACUCCUAUAUGGGUUUGGAUCAGAUUAAACCAUUGAAGUUGGAAGUUCAUGAGGCUAAGCCUGUGCCAGAAAAUCACCCACAGUGGGAUACAGCAGUAGAGGGGGAUGAAGACCAGGAGGACAGCGAGGGCUUUGAAGAUAGCUUUGAGGAAGAGGAAGAAGAGGAGGAAGAUGAUGACUAAGCAGUACUAUGAAUGGACCACAGUAUUUGCACAUAUUUGCAAAUUUUUGCUGUUUUGGAAGUGUGUAAUAAACCAGAAACAGUGCAGAACUGAUGUUGAAGGAGGUGUUAGUUCUUUACUAGAAAUGGGUGCAUAAUAUAUCUAGGCAGUGGUGGUGCCUUGGUACAGUCUGAAAAAUGCUUAAGGCUUGUGAAAGCCUUUCAGGUAUGGGAUGGUGCAUUUAUUUCAUCUGCAAAUGAUAAUAAACCCUUUGUUAUAACUGUCCAGAAGUGUGGGCUAUGUAUUAUCUGAUCAUUUAUGGUCCCAGUGAAAGUAAAGGUACAUGAAAAACAGUCUAUAAAUGAGCGACUUUUCUUUGUUUAGCUUUAGUUUUAACAAACGUUAAAGUAUGGUAAACACCACAAAUGUUUUAAGUAACAUCUGCUCAAGUUUUAAUGUCUUGGUAAGCUCUAUUCACUUAUUGACAUUUUGCAGUGAUACAAGCGUAUUUAUAACAGCUCCAUUCAUAGCUUUAAACAUUUUAUUUUUGCCUAUCUUGGUCGUAAGUUGGCAUUCUGUCACAUUCCACAUAAUAUAGAGGGCUACAUUUUGGGAUUUUCCUUCUUUUAAUUGCCCAGAGUUAUCAGAUUAUAAAAAUGGCUUUUAAUGGCUUAAAACAUUUUUAAGCCUCUAUUUUAGCAGAUCAAUACAGGAUCUAAUUCCUUUUAUAAGCUGUAGAUCUAAAAAUGAUUGUGGGACCAUAUGUUCUCUGAUAUUGGUGACUUAUGUUAUUAAACCUUUUUUAAAAGGUUCAUUAUAAAAGCUGAAAUACAUUCUUAGCUUUUAAUCUACCUGACUCUAUCAGAAGCCUUUUAAGGAAAAAUAUAACAUGCAAACGAGGCAUUUUUUUGUAUUCAUUUUGGACUCCUGUCAAUAAAAUAGAAGUUUGACUCAUUUUACGUUUGUAAUGGUGUGUCUUUUUACUCCCAGAAAGGGAUAUGAUAGGAUAACUCAUUCUUUUAUUUUUCAACUAAAAAUUUAAUAAUAAUAUACAUGACUGCUGAUGUGAUUGCUAUUUCUGUAUACUAUAGAAAAACCCAUGAUUGGGAAGAAUUUUCCCCUCACACUCUCACACAGUACAACCUGGAAGGGAGUGCGUAUAAAGAGCAGAAAUGUGUACAUGCUGAGUUAUUGAGGUAUUACUAGAUACGGAGGAAGCAUGUCUCUAUUAUAGGACUGAUUAUAAUAAUCCUCUCCUAUCAAAAUCUCCACAGACCAAAGUACUCUUGGAAUACUAAUUUGUGACCUUCUUUACUUAGAAGGUUGUCACUUUCCAUGCAGAAUUACCACUGGUAUUUUGUUACUGCAGUAGUUGGAAAUAAAAUUUGAAACUUAACCAAAAACAUGAAUGGGGGGGUUUUUGGGUUCUAAAUUUAGGAUGUAAUAUUUCCUAUAAUACGAUCAAAGCAAUUUUUUCACUGGAACCUCCAUCACCUAUUUUUCUUUUAAAGGUGUUAGUGAGACCCUUCCUUGGGAAGCAGAAGCGCCACUGAGGAUUUGUUUCAUUUUAUAAGUAGAGGGUGGGUUUAAUUUUCGAGUCAGGUUUUGCUGGGAAGCUGCUGGCCACCUAAGUGAGGUGGAGGAGAGUGAGCCAGCCUGUAGCAUCCAGUGAAAGGAGAGGUUAGAGAAAACGCAGGUGGCAUGAAGGCAAGGAAAGCGAGCAAAUGAAACAGUGUGUAGUAUGCGCACUCCUGGUUUUCUUGAAAGAUACUUUUCAAGAGAAGUAUUUCUAUUCUAGUGGCUAUUUUGUCUUAAAGAGGCUUUGUAAGUUAUUCAAACUGGCUUCUUUCUGAUUUUAAGGCUAGAGGAUGGUUUUACAACCCAGUAACUCACCACAGUGCUUAAAAAAACAGCAUCACCUCAUUAGGAAACCCUACUAGCCUGUUUUCCUUUGCCAUUUGUGUGAUAUAUGUGUACUUCCUAACCAAAUAAUACAUUUGCUUCUAAUGAGCUCUUUCCAUAUUGCAAUAGUGAAAGAACUGAGCUUUCAUUUUAUAGUUCUCAUCUUUCCAGCAAGUCUCUGAAUUCUACAUCCCUUCUUUCUUUCUCUAUUAUUGAGAUUUAAUAACUAAUUUACCCUGGUUUGCAUUUAAUCAAAUGGAAACUUUCACUGAGUGCAGUUUCAGUUUUGUUCCCAUCAAGAAACACUGACGUUUUGUCAACAGAAUAGAUGAAUAUAUAGGCGAAAACAUUCAGUGUGCAUAUACAAAGUGAAACUGGUUAUUUAUGAAAUUAAGCUACUUAAAUUGUAUAAUAUUUUUCUCUUUAAAUUGAUAAAGUACCUAUUAAAACAAAAGGUACUCGUCCAGAGGAGACCACAAUUGAAAGUCUUUCAGUUGUAAAGUUUUGUGUUAUGAAACUUGAUUUAGGCCCCAUGUGCAUAUCUCAGUCUUGAAGUCAGGUGUUCAUGUCCUUUAAAAUUAAAAAAAAAAGUUCGUGAAUAUUUUUUAAAAAUUGA